AUGUCUUCUUCCUGUCCCUCUCACGCUUCGUCUAUAUCCGCACUCGAAGCCGAAGUCGAGGAGAAGUCAGAGGAGGUCAGUGGGGAGGAAACAGAGGAUGAGCCGGAAAAAGAGAAGCUAGAAAAAGAGAAAUUCAGGCCGGGAUGGAGGUUCCAUACGAUAUUCGGGUGCUUGUGCUUGAUGAUGUUGGUUGUUGCUUUGGAUGCCACAACUCUGAGUGUCGCGCUGCCAGUUAUAUCCAGCUCCCUUCAUGGAACAGCCCUGACAACGUUCUGGGCUGGAACUUCGUUCCUCCUGUCCUCCACCGUCUUCCAACCCACCCUCAGUUCAUUAUCCCAUAUCUUCGGUCGCCUUCCUCUGAUUCUGUUCUCUCUAGUAGUCUUCACAGCGGGAUGUAUAACAGCCGCCUUAUCAGCCUCCUUCACAGUCCUCAUUCUCGGGCGAACGGUGCAGGGUGUUGGCGCCGGCGGUCUCAUCGUUCUUUCCGAGGUGGUGAUUACCGAUCUUGUGCCAUUACGAGAACGAGGGAGUUUCUACGGAUACAUGAGCGCAACAUGGGCGGUCGGUAGUGUCUGUGGGCCAUUGGUUGGUGGUGUCUUUGCAGGUUCGAAGUCUGCACACGAGAUGAAUGGAGGAGAGAAAGGAGGAUACGGUGGCUGGCGCUGGAUAUUCUGGCUCAACAUUCCAAUCGCGGUCGUGGGGCUUGUCAUACUCCCAGUUGUGCUUCGUCUCCAGAAGCCUAUGCAUGGAUUUAGUGUGAAAGAGAAACUCAAGAGCGUGGAUUGGAUAGGUGCGGUCUUACUCACAGGAUCAACGACUGCCAUCCUGAUGCCGGUUACUUGGGGAGGCAUCCAAUACUCCUGGUCAAACUUCCGCACUCUUCUUCCUCUCCUCCUCGGCUUGAUUGGUUUCGUAGGCUGGAUAGCGUACGAGAUAUACACCCAACACCCCAAUCCCUUGAUUAAGAUGCAAAUCUUCAGUAACCGUACAGCGGCAGCAUCUUACUUUGGCAUACUGAUCCAAGGAAUAAUCCUGUGGUGCCUACUCUACUACCUUCCUCUUUAUUACGAAGCUUGUCACUCCCUGUCUCCUCUCCGUGCUGGCUUGGCCAUUCUCCCCGAGACACUGACCGUCGCUCCAGUAGCGUUCAUCGCAGGAAUCGCAAUCUCUAAGGUUGGGGUUUAUAGAUGGUGUAUCUGGCUUGGGUGGUCGCUCGCCAUUCUCGGCCUUGGGGUGAUGUGGCUGCUUGACGAGAACACCUCCACCAAGAUGUGGGUUGGAAUAAACCUGAUACCAGGUAUUGGAAUCGGGCUGUUAUUUCCAGGGCUUGAGUAUGCGACUCAGGCAGCGGCUGGUCAAAAAGAUGUUGCUGAUGCUGCAGCUAUGUACAACUUCAUCCGCGCUUUCGGUCAAGGUAUUGGCGUAGCUGUCGGCGGUUCGAUCUUCCAAACACAGCUUAAGCGAAAACUGUUGGCUUUUCCGGCGGUAGCGGGGGUCGCAACUAAGUACGCAAACGAUGCCGCCAGCCUGAUUGAGCUCAUGAAAGCAAUGGACAUGGAAGAUAGGAACGGCGUGAGAGAGGCAUUAGAAAAAGGCUACGCAGACAGUUUGAAGAUGGUUUGGGCUGUGAUGGCCAGCUUGGCGGGAUUGGCCCUUUUGGUGAGUUUAUUCACGCGGGAGCUGGGGAUUGACGAGGAGUUGGAGAGUAAACAAGGCUUAAAAAGGACGCCCGGGCAGUGGGAGGAUAAGGCGGAGGUGUAACUGGGUCUCUGGCUGUUUCGAAGCCUACGUAGCAAUCGUCGAGCGCAGCGCCGGAACGUUUCUAGACACCAAUUGAGAACUACUUCCACUACUAACUCUUUAUUGGUCAUAAAUAAGUUCACUGAAGUAAGCUGCAUAAUAUCUCAAAUCCGAUGCAUGUCGUCCGAAACCUUCAUUGGGGUCGAUUAUUCCAUUGGUAAUUAGUAUUGCAAGAACGCAAGGAUGGAUGUGCUGCAUGGAGAGGACCCCGGAAAGAAAGUUAGGUUCAACAUCCAUUUCAGGGCAACCGCAGAGCUUCCGGCUGGGAAUGUGAUUAACGCGAAGAAAAAGAGGUACAACGAAACAGAGAUGGUCGAUCAAAUUAGUGCUUGGCA